CUCCCGGCUGGGCCCGAGAGGCCUCGGAUCCCGGCCGCCCUCCGGCCCCCGCCGCUGUCAUCGUCGCGUCCCCGGAGGGAUGGGGCGGGGAUCGGGGAUCAGAGCCGCAAGCGAGGCCCGCGGGGAGAAGAGGGAGAACGGAGGGGAUGGGUCACGGCCCCCCGAAGUCGGGCCCAGAGAGCGCCCCGAGCGGGGGCUGAGAACACAAUGUCAACUGAGGGACAGCAACAAGAACAGUUGUCCCAGUCAGAUCUUUCCCCAUCAUCAAAUUCAUCUAGUUCGUUUGAGAUAAUAGACAUGGAUGCUGCUAGUUUGUAUGAGCCAGUGUCUCCUCACUGGUUUUACUGCAAAAUAAUAGACUCUAAAGAGACGUGGAUUCCCUUCAAUGCUGAAGAUUCACAUCGGCUAGAAGAAGCUUAUGGUUCUGAAAAAGAUUGUAAUGGAAAAGUUGUUCCCACUGAUGGUGGCCGAUAUGAUGUACAUUUGGGAGAGAGGAUGCGGUAUGCUGUGUAUUGGGAUGAGCUAGCAUCAGAAGUGAGACGCUGUACCUGGUUUUACAAAGGAGACAAAGACAAUAAAUAUGUUCCCUACUCAGAGAGUUUUAGCCAACAAUUAGAGGAAACCUACAUGCUUGCUGUAACUCUGGAUGAAUGGAAAAAGAAACUUGAAUCUCCAAAUAGAGAAAUCAUUAUAUUACAUAAUCCAAAGCUGAUGGUUCAUUACCACCCAGUGGCAGGAUCUGAUGAAUGGGGUUCUGUACCUACUGAACAGGGGCGUCCCAGAACCGUGAAGAGAGGAGUUGAGAACAUCUCUGUUGAUAUUCCUUGUGGAGAACCCUUAAAAAUAGAUCAUCUGGUUUUUGUGGUCCAUGGUAUUGGACCAGCUUGUGAUCUUCGAUUCAGAAGCAUUGUACAGUGUGUUAAUGAUUUCCGUGGCGUUUCCUUGAACCUGCUACAGACACACUUUAAGAAAGCUCAAGAGCAGCAACAGAUUGGCCGGGUAGAGUUUCUUCCUGUCAACUGGCAUAGCCCUUUGCAUUCUACUGGUGUGGAUGUAGACCUGAGGAGAAUUACUCUGCCCAGCAUCAACCGCCUUCGGCACUUCACCAAUGACACAAUCCUGGAUGUCUUCUUUUAUAAUAGCCCCACCUACUGUCAGACUAUUGUGGACACAGUUGCUUCUGAAAUGAACCGAAUAUACAAACUCUUUCUGCAGAGGAACCCUAAUUUCAAAGGGGGCGUAUCCAUAGCUGGCCAUAGUUUAGGAUCACUUAUAUUGUUUGAUCUUCUAACUAAUCAGAAAGAUCCUUUGGAGAAUAAUGACAGCGAAAAGGUUACUUCAGGGGUUGUUUUGGAUCAGGGAGAUACACUGGACCUAGAAGAAGAUUUAAAGAAACUUCAGCUCUCUGAAUUCUCUAAUCUCUUUAAGAAGGAGAAAAUAGAUAAAACAGCUCUGGCUUUGUGUACUGACAGAGAUCUUCAGGAAAUGGGAAUUCCUUUGGGACCAAGAAAAAAGAUACUAAACUAUUUUAAGAAUGGAGAAAACACAGAGGGUAUUAACAAAUCGAAUCAGCAGUCAGCUUUGGGAAGGAAUUUACCUGUACUUUCAGAAAAAAUCAAAGACUGCAAUAGUAUUGAUGGUGCUGGAAAUGAUGAAUAUUUGGAUAUUAGCAUUGGACAGGCUUCUGUGAAAUAUCCUAGGCUAAUUUACAAACCAGACAUCUUUUUUGCCUUUGGAUCUCCUAUUGGAAUGUUCCUUACUGUCCGAGGACUGAAAAGAAUUGAUCCCAACUACAAACUUCCAACAUGCAAAGGUUUCUUCAAUAUUUAUCAUCCUUUUGACCCUGUGGCAUAUAGAAUUGAGCCAAUGGUGGUUCCAGAUGUAGAAUUUGAGCCUAUGCUGAUCCCGCAUCAUAAAGGCAGGAAAAGGAUGCAUUUGGAACUGAGAGAAGGCUUGACCCGGAUGAGCAUGGACCUAAAGAACAAUGUGCUGAGUUCCCUAAGGAUGGCCUGGAAAUCUUUUACCAGAGCUCCCUACCCAGCUCUUCAGGCUACAGAAGCAGCUGCUGCAGAGGAACCUGAGCCUGAGCCUGAACCAGUUCCUGAAAAGCCCAGUGGUUGGUGGAGCUAUGUUCCAGCAGGAGACUCACCAGUGGCCAAUAAAGAAGCUGCUUCUAUCAAUGUUGGAAUGCUGAAUGGGGGCCAACGCAUUGACUAUGUAUUACAGGAGAAACCUAUUGAAAGCUUUAAUGAAUAUUUAUUUGCAUUGCAAAGCCAUCUCUGCUAUUGGGAAUCUGAGGAUACGGUUUUAUUGGUCCUUAAGGAAAUUUAUCAAAUCCAGGGAAUCUUCUUGGAUCAGCCUGCCCAGUGAAAAACAUCAUCUCUACUUUGUCUGUGGCUCCUUAAUAUGAACACUGAGGAUUGCUUCUCUAGAAAACUCACCUUUUUUGUUUUCUGUUCCUGAACUCCGCUUGUCCCCUGCCCACCAUGGAAUGGAGAAUUGACUUCUUUUGGAAGUGUUAUGAAUACUUUUAUCACUGGCUUUCACUAUAGCCAGUGUUAAGAAUAUUUUUACUCCUCAGUAUCUUUUCGUUAUUGAUGACAGUAUGUAGACUGCAAAGUAGACCUACCUAUCCAUAUUGGGUUUGAGUAAGUAGAGAACUUUUUCUUAAUUGUUUGGAAAAAUCCCUUGUUUGUGACUCCAGCCUAACAGCUGGCAGGAUGAAUGAGCGUAGAUGUUGUUAGUGCCUAGUUCUGGGUAGUAAUGAGAUAACUUGUAUUCAGAGUUGCAGUGCAUAUGUACCCUGAGUCUGAAUGGCAUUGUCAUAGGAUAGUUUCUGAGUGGCCAAAACUCCACUGAAUUAGUGUUAAAUCAGGUGUUAUGUCCAAAGAUGUCAAAAGUCUUAGAAUAGUGGUUUCACACUCAAAUCGAAAAGGAUCCCUGCCACUCAUAUUGACUUAGAAAACCACAAAUUAACAUUAUGUUGUAUUUUUAUUUAUUUUGUUAAGUGUUUCCCAAUAACAUGCUAAUCUGACUUAGAUCUCAUUUGGGUGUUCUGCAAUUCUGUUUGAUUCUUGUGUCUUAGCAACUUCUUUUCCACUUUAUACCUCCUGCUGAGAAGCUCAGGAUACAGUUUAUUGGCCAUUUGAUGUAAUAUUUCCAAUAGUACUAGGUGAUGUAAUAUAGGUGAGGUUAAAAAAAACCUCAAAAUAACCUUGUUUGGAAAUACACACUAAAAUUGAUAAACGCUAUUCGGGUUCAUGCACUAAAAAAAGUAAAACGGGAAGUCUUGCUAACCAUUUAAAUGAAACUGAAACUUUGUAAAAUUUCUUGCCAAACCCAUUUGGGUGAGAGUGGUAUUGUUUGCACUCUACAACCAUGGCUAGGAUGCUAUUUGUAAACAGCCACUUUGCUCUCUCCACUCUCCUGAGCGCUUCUUAGAAAGGCUCUUGGCAGGCUGUGGUGGCUGAGCAGAUGCUUUGGAGCAGCAUUCAUGUAACUCAUCCUGCAAGGUAGGGCCUCGGGGGCCAAGAUGAUAGCCGUGGCAGUAUAUGCACACUGCCAGCUGAGCCUGGAGUGGCUUGGCAUUGGUGUGUGAAGGCAAGUGAAUUCAUGUGAUAGGACCAUUGGCAGCGAGUCCCUGGUUUUAAGGUACCUGCCUAGUUGUGAAUGCCUUUCUCUCCAUGGCUUGGGUGUUGCUGGCUGGGUGGGGUAGCACAGGGUUUCACUGUAUUGCAAGUUUCACUACUAUCUUUACUACUUAAAAAACUAUCACACUCCACUUCUCAAGUACUAGAAGCAGAAAGACUUCAUUUAAAAUUAAUUUUUAUGUAUUGCAGUACUAAGGUUAGGAUCAUUUCUUAAUAUAUCUUCAGAGUAGCAGUGGCCUUUAUAGAGAAAGGCUAGCAGGCAGGGAAGCUCCCUGGCAAAGGGCCAUUCUAUGCUCAUCUCAAUGACUGAAUGAAGAGAGCAAGACAGAACUUGCUUGGCCAUUUCUUAUCCCCAAUUGCAAACAAAUACUGACCAAGAAACUUAGAAAUUUGUUACAGGGGAUGUUGUCUGUAAUGUUUAUUGUAUAAAUGUGAUGAGUUUGAACUAAAUGUUGCUAAAGGCCUCAGGAACCAUCCGAGUUGUGCAUUAAACAACUGCUGCCUCUAAUGUGGGUUGUGCUCUGGGUGCUGAGCAGCAGGUCACAGUUGAUGAACCAAGGGACAAGGUCCCUUAUAACCAAAGAUGGAAAAGGUAUAAAUAGGAUAGCUGAGCUAUAAUCAAUCUCUGUACCAAAAGUAGGAACUAUUAGUGAAAAAGAAUGUUUGUUUGUAAGAGCUUUGUCUUUUGUCUCACCCGCCUGUGACGUAUCAUGGUAUGUAUGGUGUAUAUCUGUUGGCUGUCAUUAGCCUUUGACUUAACUUUAUUUGUAUAUUAUUUGCACUAUUUACAAUUCAUCAUGUGCAAUCUCUUGACCAAGCCUGAAAAGCUUAUUGAGUCUGUGCUAAAAUCCUUCCCAAUGCAGUGACAUUUUGCACAUAUUCCUGGCAAUAGAAUUAGUACUGCUCAUUUUAACAAAAGCAACCGUUUGCUGCAUGGAACAACUAACAGUUCUGAUUGGCUUUUCAAUUUGGGGCACUUUUGAAAUGUUUUUUAUAAUGUGAACCUAUAUAAAAUUCUUUGCUGAAUUCUGAAAUAAAACCUUACUCACAGAC